GCUGCCGGGGAGGCGGUUUUGUGUGUGAGAGCGGUGCGUGCGGGGUCCCGGCUCCCCCGCGGAGCGGCGGCGCUUAGCGGGGCCCGGCCCGGCCCGGCCUCCGCGGCCACCGCUGAGGGGCGGCGGCGGGCGGGCGGGCGGUCCUCCCGGCGGCGCGGCCCCUUCCGCCGGCGCUGAGGGGGGUCCCCCCUUGAGGGGACCCCUGCAAGAGCGGGGGGGGGGGGCCCCCGCGGGGGGGCGGCGGGGUCCCCCCGAGGGCGCGGGGCGGCGGCGGCGGCUCUUUCCCCGGUUCUCGGCUCCCCGGGCGGGGUGAGGGGCGGGCAGGUGGGCGAUGAAUGGUUUCAGCACCGAGGAGGACAGCCGGGAUGGGCCUCCCGCCGCCCCCUUUUACGGCCAGAGCUGCUGCCUCAUCGACGACGGGGACCGCUGCGUGCGCCCCGCCGGCAACGCGUCCUUCAGCAAGAGGAUCCAGAAGAGCAUCUCGCAGAAGAAGCUGAAGCUGGACAUCGACAAAAGUGUGAGACAUCUGUAUAUUUGUGAUUUUCACAAGAACUUCAUUCAAAGUGUCCGAAACAAAAGAAAGAGGAAGACAAGUGAUGAUGGAGGUGACUCUCCUGAGCAUGAAACAGAUGUCCCGGAGGUUGACUUGUUCCAGCUCCAAGUGAACACCCUGCGACGUUACAAGAGACAUUAUAAGUUGCAGACUAGGCCUGGACUCAACAAGGCUCAGCUAGCAGAAACUGUCAGUCGUCACUUCAGGAAUAUUCCUGUGAAUGAGAAAGAGACGCUUGCAUAUUUCAUCUAUAUGGUGAAGAACAACAAAAGCAGGCUGGACCAGAAAUCAGAAGGUAGCAAGCAACUAGAAUGAAGAUUAACAAGACUUGGAAUAAGAGAGACCUUGAAGGAACAGAUGGUAUUGUGCAUUUUAGGUAUAUAAAAACUGAUGAAGUAUAUUGUAAAUUUUUUUUAAAAUGCAGUAAGUCUGGAUGACAGAAAAAAAUAUAGACAUUCUUAUCAGGAGUAUUUGAGAACAUGUGCCCAGCAUGUUUCUGAAGACUUCUUCCCCUCAUUUCAAAGUCACAUUGGAAUAAGGAAAUGAGGAUAAUGGGGAAACCAAGUAAACCUGUAGGACUGUGGAGUUUGUCAACUCAGUGUUUUAAACCAUUUCUGGAAAUCUGCAUCUCAGUGCAAUUCAGAUCACAGAUGGAAUUUUUUCACUGAAUUCAGGCUGCAUCACAAACCACCAUACAGUUUGUCUUGGCGCAGGACUGGAAUAGCGGCAGAGAUAAAAUUCAUUAUCGAGGUGCAUGGGUCAGAAGUUUGUCUGAAGCCUGCUCCACACCUACACAUGCUCUGUCUUGCCUUGAGUCAGUGCUUCAAGUCCCAAACUUCUACAAAUGCUCCAGCUCACCAAAUCUACUCCAGUGAACACUACUUGACUAGUCUGAAAUUGACUUUUUUUUUUUUUACCAUUUUUCCUCCUGCCCCCCUCCAACAUGGAUGCCAAACAACUCUCUGCAAUCUCUUUUUCUAAUUUCUUUUAUUUAAGAACUCACUAAUUAAUUGUCUGUAAGCAUUUAAAAACUUCUGCAUUUCCUCAGAAUGUGGUAUUAAGGCAAAUACAGCUUAUUUGCUGGGUUUGAUCAUGUUGGUAGAAGGGCUCGUUUAAUUCACUUUUGCAUAUUUCCCUUGUAUUCAAGGCUCAGCGAUGGUAGGUGAAACGAUGGCUUAAGACAUCUGUCUCAAUCUCUGUAUCAGAUCAGGUAUCAAUCACGGGUGAUGUGAAUUUUAUACUGAAGCUAGUCUGUAGCAGGUGUCACAAAACUGUUGAGUGGAUUAGUGGGCUCUGCAGUCUCUGUUUAGUAUAAAGCAGACUGAUGCUAAUGGGUGUAGCACCAUAACCGGGGUAGUGAACUGACUGGAGCAUGAUGCAUUUCAUCUGUCUUUGCAACAGGCAAAAAGUAUCGAAGCACUUGCCUUUCAUGAGCAUUACGUAUGCUUUCAUAAGAGCUGUGUGAGUGGAGGGUGGCAUGCUGGUGCUCUUUAACUGGGCACUGUAGGAGGAGAUCGCUCUGAUUUUGCAAUUUAAAGCCAAGGUGUCCUUACAAAUAACACAGUGCUUAUUUUGGCAAAAGGAGCUUAUAAAAGUGUUGGUUGUGACUGACUGUUCUCCAGUGACCUCAAAUUCUAUUCAAGGGGAUCUCAUGAUUUAAAGCACCACUCUCUUUCUUUGCUGUCCUAACCAAUGUCUCCAUUCUGUUACAAGAUGCCAAGACUCCACAUAGAGAGUAUAUUCUCAACAAGCCUUAAGCAACGAACUGAACAGUAGAAAACUUUGGCUAGCAUUUUGUCAAUGGCGGGUUUUAAUAUUCCAAAACUGGAUGAAGCUUUGUUGAAGAGCUAAAUACAUAGGUCAUGAUCCCAGCUUAGUACUGCAUCAUGUUUUGUAAGGCAUGAAGGGUUCACAUAGUGAAGCUCUUGUUGAAGCUCUCCCAGGGUCUCUUUAAAAAUCGCCACAAUUUAAAGCAAGCUGUUCACAUCAGCUCUGAAGUGUUUGCUAAUACUCCAAAAACAUGUUCAACAAACUUCAACAUGUCUAAGUCCUGUGUCAUAGGCAGAAAUACUCUGUUAUGGUACACGUCCCAUUCGUGAAGUUUUGGGGAGUGUGAUUGUUUCAGCGUUUCCUUGUUCGAUUCAGUAUGGAUUUUAAGAACAUCAGACAAGAGAGAGGUUCAAGGAAUGAGGAGAGAAUGUCUUGCGUCGGUAUUUCAUGAAUGUUUAAAAAUUUCUGAAUUAUGCUGGUCCUUUCCUUAUUGAAAGGGUGGAGUAAUUCCCACACCAGUCAACAUGAUCUGGCUUCUCUCAUUCAGGACAGGUAGCUAAAAGGGUACGUUCUCUGACUGCAUGUUAAUCUUCAAAGUGCUCAUGUAAUCAGAGGAUAUUACCAAGGAGAAAUGAGUUUCUGAGUUGAGAGGGUUAUGCCUCAUUGUAACUUCUAGACCAAAACUGUAAAAAUGUAGUUUGUUUGGGAUUUACUUUUUUGUUGUUGUAUUUUGUUUUGUUUUAUUUCUAAGAGUAAAUAAAUCUGUUGGGGUGUUUUAGCAGCCAGCAGCAAAAUGAUUCUUUUCAAGGAAAUACGGUGGCAGGUUCCAUCUGUUCAGGUGUAUUCACUGGAAUGCUUUUGUGCAGAGGUGGUAUCCAGGAAGCUUUUUUUUUUUUUUUCCUGAAAAUAGUCAAUUGAUGUGAAAUGUGAUCCUUGUUGGUUUCACUCUUAAAGCAAUUAUACUUUUUUGAAAAAAUUCUUAGUGAAGUGUGAUGAUGAAGACAUGUUUACCAGCCAUUAGCAGUUGUUUAUAAGGUGGAAAGCUUGGAGGCAAGACACCAAAGAAACAGAAGAAUCUUUGGCUGUCAGACCCCAUGGCCUUAUAAACCCUUGCAAAUGCCUUAUUACCUUGUUCUCAACUUACCUAGAGCAAAACGCCUUGAGCAGAAGAAAGCCGAUGUCUUGUUGGAAGGGUUAGCCACUUUAUGGCUCCCAUGCUAUGAACUGAAAUCACACGUCAAUUCAGUAGCAAUAUCCAUGUUCAGGGUGCCUGUGAUUCUUGAAAAGCAUUUAGUGUCUAAUAACCAGAAAACGCAACAAUGCAAUUGUCGUUCUGUAUAAUACCAUUCUGUGUAUUUGAUUCCUUAUGCUGCAUGCCAAUUAAAAAAGACUUUCCAACUUUUUGUUUUAAACUUCAAAGUAAAUGUGUUUGAACCUCACACUUGUGAAGCCAUGAGGUGGGACAUUUUCUCAGCACUUUCAGAUGGGACUUGUUGGAAAGGUAGAAGACCCAAAUCGCUUUGGCUGGUAUGAUAAGAUUAUCUUUUUUUCCUUUUACAUUUUGCUUUUCACAGAUGGGCCUUAAAUUCUGUCUAGCUUUGAACCAUGGAGCACAAGCCUUGGGGGCUUGGAGGAUGACCAGAUGUCAUCUUCCAUUUAUAAUAGUGGAAGCUUAUUUCUUACAAGGCUGCAUAGGUGACAUUCACCCUGGGGCAGAGGAAUCGCCUUGGAAGCCCUCCAGCCAUUAUACAGCCUAAUUCAAUUACAUAGCCUAAUUCAAUUCUCAUUGAAGACUUGCAUUAACUUCAUUAGACUUCUGAAUAGAUCCAAAGCCAUUAGUAUGAAAUCCAAAUAAUGUGGAAACAUCUCUUCCGGGGUUAAUUUCAUCCUGUAUGCUGACCCUCUGCUCACUUUAAGGGAAGAAGAAAUCAUUGCUGGUAGUUAUCGGCUUGAGCUCAGCUCAAGGGAGUUGGAAGCAUGCGAAGACUUGAGUCAGUGGCAAUCUGAUGGCUGAAAAGUGCAAAUAUAUCCAAGGAGGCUGUGUUAGAAUGCAGUUUUUUUGAAUUUCUGCAUCUCGAAGAAUAUUGUAUAUCAACCUGAAGUAAAUGAUUGCAUUAAAAGCUAAUGUUUCUUUUGCCAGGCACUUUAGAUGCUCAGCCUGAGAAAAGCAGAGUGGGCAGGUUUGUACCACUUGUCCCCAGUACUCUGGUGUCCCAGUUUUCCUUAGAAAUGUGGCUGUAAACCGCUAGAUACCCUAGUGUGCAAGACUUGACCAAAACAUAUCAAGUCUGGCAUUUAAAGUUAGUCUUAAGUGCAAGCUGGAUUCAGAGAGGCUUUGAAAACAAGAGCCGAAAUAAUCCACAGUAAGUGUGAGUUUUCAAGUGGGUCAUGAUGGCACAGAGAAGAUGAAACAGGAUUUGGCCCACAGAGAGACUGAACGAAACAUGCUUCCACGGUUAGCAGCGUGGAGGAAGAUUUGUUCUGUGUUAGCUCUUGUAAUGGAUGUUUUAUGAGAGGGGAAGAAGGGGGGAGCUGUGCACUUUACAUCUUUUGGUUGAGCCAAAUGUAAAUACCAAUGGGAGAUCUUCAGCAGUAACUGCAGUUGGAGGGGAGAGAAAUGGUCUGCAGGGGGACUGUUUAUUUAAGUUUGCAGAUCCUUACACUUCCCUAGAGCACUAGAGUCACUUUGCCUCUACAGUUUAAAAGAGUGGGUAAUACAAGGUAGCCUCCUGUACAAAAGGAGUCCUUGUACUGCCCCAGAGCAUUGACUGAAGAGUCCCAAAGGUGAAGGAAUGUUGUUGAUGCCUCACUCCUCUUGUCACUGAUGCCCUUUAGCCAUCUCUAGCUUACCGAGCUAGGGAGUUCUCAUUUUCCACUUUCAAAGUGCAAAUGAACUGUUACGAUGUAAGAUACUCCUUGCACUUUUCACGGCUAUCCCUGGUCCUCGCGUUUUCGACUUGCCUGUGAACACAUCUGUUUGGAAUGAAUUAAAUGGUUGAAGAAAGUGUGGGGAGAGGGGGGGGCUCCUGCCUUAAACCUGAACUUCCCUUGCAAGCAACUCUGCAGGCCAUCCUUUGCAUCAGCAGGCUCCAGGAGCCUCUUACUUAGCUGAGCCCUAACAGGGCUGGGUUUACUCCUGUCCUAGCUGCAGCUCUCUGCUCCGCAGCUAGAGUGCAGGGGAGGUGAAUAGCAGGUAACUUGCAGAAUGGCUUGGAGUCCUUUAGCGGGCUUACUGGGAGAGAAAAACUGUGUUCCCUCUUCUGUUUCUGGCCUCCAUGUGUUGUGCUGAUCUUAUGCCAAAUGUUUUGGACACCUUGUAUUUUUAACUGUGUAAUAUAGCUGUGUAUUGUUAAAGCAACUUAGUAACUUAUAGCAAAAACUGUAGAACUCAUUUCUCUGAGGUGUAGGAAAUGUCCUGCUUCCACUGUGUAUGAGACUUUAACUCUGUACUGUCUGACAAAGAUAAAAUGCUGAAUUUCACUUUAAUAAAUGAUCUAUCUAGCAACAA